CACGCUUCCCGACACGAGCAGUUCAAGUUUGGACCCUCUCCCCUCUCGAUAUAUUCCAGAUGAGUGAGAACAGUGCGGCAGAGGCCCAUGCUGGCCCAGGCGAGCGUGUUGCGAUCGGUAUCACCUUUGGCAACUCCAACAGCUCUAUCGCAUACACAAUCGAUGACAAGGCCGAGGUCAUAGCCAACGAGGAUGGUGACCGGCAAAUACCCACGAUAUUGUCUUACGUCGAUGGCGAGGAGUACUACGGCGGCCAGGCCAAGGCCUUCCUCGUCCGCAACCCCAAGAACACAGUCGCAUACUUCAAGGAUUUCCUAGGAAAUGACUUCAAGUCUAUCGACCCAACACACAACCACGCCUCCGCCCACCCUCAAGAAACUGGAUCCACCAUCUCCUUCAGCAUCAACGACAAGGAAGGCGAGGACGCUGCUCCCUCUGAGCUGAGCGUGUCUGAGGUGUCGACCCGUUACCUUCGCCGCCUUGUGCAGUCCGCCUCCGAUUACCUCGGCAAGAAGGUGACCUCGGCCGUGGUCACCGUGCCCACCAACUUCAACGACGCACAGAAGGCCGCGCUCGUCAAGGUCGCCAAGGAUGCCGACCUCGAGGUCCUCCAGCUCAUUGCCGACCCCGUCGCCGCCGUGCUGGCCUACGAUGCCCGCCCUGAGUCCGUCGCAGAGGCUGGUGUCAAGGACAAGAUCGUGGUGGUCGCGGACCUGGGUGGUACCCGCAGCGACGUUGCCGUUAUCGCCAGCCGCGGCGGCAUGUACACAGUCCUGGCCACGGCGCACGACUACGAGUUCGCAGGCUACGCCCUCGACAAGGUCCUGAUGGAGCACUUCGCCAAGGAGUUCAUCAAGAAGCACAAGACCGACCCGCGCGAGAAUACCCGGUCUCUCGCUAAGCUCAAGUUCGAGGCCGAGGCGACCAAGAAGGCCCUGUCGCUGGGCACCAACGCCAGCUUCAGCGUCGAGUCGCUCGCCGACGGCAUCGACUUUGCCUCUACCAUCAACCGCCUCCGCUACGAGAUGGUCGCCCGUCCCGUGUUUGAGGGCAUCAACAGGCUCGUCGAGGGCGUCGUCAAGAAGGCCGGCCUGGACGUGCUCGACGUCGACGAGGUCAUCAUGUCCGGCGGCACCUCGCACACGCCCCGCAUCGCCGCCAACAUGGGCUACAUCUUCCCCGCGUCCACCGCCGUCCUCGCCCCCAGCACCAUCGCCUCCGCCAUCAAUCCCUCGGAGCUGGUCGCCCGCGGCGCCGCACUGCAGGCCAGCCUGAUCCAGGAGUUCGAGGCCGACGACAUCGAGCAGAGCGUGCACCCUGCCGUGACCACCGUCAAGCACAUCACCAACGCCAUCGGCGUCCUGACGUUGAGCCAGGACAGCAGCGACGAAGAGGUCUUCACACCCAUCGUCGCCCCGGAGACAGCCGUCCCGGCCCGGCGCACCGUGCACGUCGACGGCCCCAAGGACGGCGGCGACGUGCUGAUCAAGAUUGUCGAGGGCAACACGCACAUCAAGGUGACCCAGCCGGAGCCCAAGGCCGCCGCCGAGGAGAAACCCAAGAAGGAUGCCGACGACGACGAGGAUGACGACAGCGACUUUGACGACGACGAAGACGAGGAGGAGCAGGAGAAGCGCGAAAAGGUGUGGAAGACCGGCGCCACCCUGGCCGAGGCCGCCAUCCGCGGCGUCAAGAAGGGCGCCAAGGUCGAGGUCACGAUAAAUGUCUCCGCCGACCUGGGCGUCACCGUCGCCCUGAGGGAGGUCGGCGCCAAGGGUGGUGUGAGGGGGACCAUCCCCGCGUAG